UUCGGCGAGGCCAGGGAGUUGACCAAUCCCGAGGGAGAAAAAUUAUUGUUUGUAACCGAAGGUGCAUCCACCAGUUUGGAACGAGGUCUUGCCGAAUCCACGACAGAAGGUUUGUUUGAUGUAGUAGGGAAGGUGGAAGCUGUAUUGGGCACUGAGAGAUGCUUCUCAUGCUUGAGCUCCUCGUGUGGCUCGUCCAUGCGAUCCACAAGAUCCCGAAUGUAUCCUUUUGAGGGCCCUCUCUUUAAAGGGACACGAGAAAAUGUGCAGAACUCGUUGUUUUUCGAGCAAUUAUUGCAUAUUUUCGUCACUCUCAGAAGUGUGGUCAGGUACUUGGCGUCACAACGAAUCUUCUUACGGCGACAUGAAUCACAGGCACGGGAAACUUUAGAUCUUUUCCGAGGAACAAUAUCAGCUUUUUGGUCAAGCGUCGAAGUAUCGAGUACUUCAGGUGCUUUCAUAACCACGGUUUCUUCCGACGCCAUGUUGGAAACAAAACUUUUGAGAUUGGGAGUUGUGGGGACUUUUUUCUGGAUGAAGGGAAGUUAA